GAUCGCUCCUCACCACUUUCGUUCCAUGGCUCUCGCUCCCGGGUUUAUCGGCCCAAUUCAUGUAUGCAGACGUCUGUUUGGGGAAGUUAAUCCCACGUGCGUACAACAGGCACUUGAGACAAUGAUUCUAAAAGACACUGAAAGAUUCACUAAGAUAUGGAAUUUCCCUCCCUUUUCGAACACCUCAGAAGAACGCCAACCACUAUCAGUGUUAAAUGCGACACAACCAGGAUCUGACACAAGACGUGGAGAAACUGUUAGUUCAACUCGGAACGGAUGGAGACUGGUUCACCCAGAGGCUUCGUUCUACAUUACACCCCCGCGAAGGUUGAAAGCACGUCGCCGUUUGACACCAUCAGUAGCAGAAAAAACCAAAUAUGAGGUUAUGCAGAAGACAGUAUCCAGGAACCUUGAAGACGUUUUCCACACCAGCAAGAACCAAAUCUUGCUUCAACUGGCGAAAGACACAAAGUCAAUCGAAACUCAAUUCGCUGAUCUACUCCACUCAUUCCGAGACCAGGCAAAAAUGGAAGAGCCAACAUUAACAUCAGAUCCCGAAACUCCCGGGGAAGGAUGUCUCACCAAGCCACCAGUUGCAGAAAUAGUAGACCAAUUCAAACCACCCUUGAUCAGCACACCAGAAGCAUCCACCCAUCCAUGUGCUAGUAUUCAGAACCACCGACUGAUCAUAGCGCGCCCUGCUCGAUUUUCGGAACAGACAGCGAAGCGAAAAAUCAAUGCCAGAGUUACUGCUUACCUGGCCAAUGGGGUUCUGCUGAACGAGAUAUUCUCUGGAUAUGGCUGUGAGGCGGACGGGCAGGCUGAUCGGAAGCAACAUAUUAAUUAG